AUGGAGGGCAGUGAGAGAAGCGGUAACAGCUGUAGGAGUGAGAUAUCAAGCUUUGGCCUCAUGGACUUUCCACGAGGCGCUGACGGCGAAGUACAGCAAACCUUCCAACGCGCCACCUCCGAUGUUUCUCCGGAUAUGGGUCAACGGCCCCAAGCCAAUAAUCCUCAGUUCGACAUCUUCGAAUGGUACCCCAAAUACCAAUCCUGCCAACGAUACUUCGUCGAUCAUGCACAACAAAGCGCCCAAGUUCAAGCAGUCGCCGCCUUCGUCAACAUCCAUCUACCCAACCAACGACCGGUGAACCCCAUACCAGGCGCCUCACCACGACCACCGCUGGGCACCUCGUUUGGCCAACCCACCCUUCCAUCACAUCAAUCAUACGCAGCAGUCUCCCUCAUACCAUACCUUCGUCGCCUCGUCGUGACGGGCCUUGACUUUCCGGGCGUUCUACACGGCUUCUUCGGUGACGAUUGGGCGACGGGCGUUGGCCCUCUACAUGAGCAAGAGCGGAGAAAUUACCUUUUUGCGGCUAAGAGUGGCGGAUGGGCGAGUGUGAAGAGAGAUUAUGACAUGCUGCCAUUGGAGUCGGUGCCCUUCAUGAGGCCGCUCCAAGCGCCUAUCAUCGCGGAGAUUGAGGCGGCCGAGAAAAGCUGGAGCGAAUGGCUGGCUAUGGAAGAUUGGAUGGUGGGACCGCGAGCCCCGGAGAACAUGCCUGGUGAUGAGGACUCGCCCAGGGCGAGAGGGCAACGGUAG